AUGGGGAAGAAUAAUAAGAAACAGAGCAAAGUUUCCAAACCUCAAAACAAAAAAUCACAACAAAAAAGAAAGAUACCAACGUUAAAACAAAAAUUACAAAAAGAAUCUAAAAUAGUUAAAUUAAAUGAUUUAGCAUGGAAACCAGUUGAAAUACCAGAUAAUUUAGGUGAUUAUACUGGAUUUUUUGGAUUAGAAGAAAUUGAUGGUGUUGAUGUUGAAAUCAUUGAUGGUAAAGCUCAAUUUGUAAUGAAAGAAGAUGGUAAUAAGUCAGAGGAAAAAGAAGAAGAACAAGUAGUGGAGGAAGAUAAUGAAAUGGAAGUAGAUGAGGAUGAUCAAGAUGAUCAAGAUGACAAAGAUGAUGAAGAUGACGACGAAAUACUAGAUGAUGAAGAAUUCACGGGAUUUGAUGAUGACGAAGUUACUGAAGAGGAAAAAUCAAAACCAGAAAUAGAGAAAGUUGAACUUAACGAAGAAGAUGAUGAUGAAUUAAAACAUAACACAUUUGCAAAUUUGGAUCUACCUUUACCAGAUGAUGUCAACUUACCACAAUGGGAACUAUCAGAAACAAAACUAAGUCCAUAUACUUUGAACGGAUUAUCAAAAUUAAAAUUUCAAACACCAACACCAAUUCAAUCUAAAACUAUACCUAUUGCCAUAAGUGGGAAAGAUAUAAUAGGUAAAGCUACUACUGGGUCUGGUAAGACUUUAGCUUAUGGUAUACCAAUUUUGGAAAAAUACUUGAAUUCCUUACCUAAAAUAAAAGAGAAUAUAACUAACAAAAUUAUAAAUCACCCAGUUGGGAUUAUAUUUACACCAACAAGAGAAUUAGCACAUCAAGUAGUUGACCAUCUUACAAAACUAGCUGAAUUCACACCAUUAUCAAGCAGAGGUAUAGUAAGUGUAACUGGAGGAUUAUCUAUACAAAAACAACAAAGAUUAUUAAAAUUUGGACCUGGUAUAAUUGUAGCAACACCUGGUCGUAUGUUGGAACUUAUAUCAAAUGAUGAUGAAUUAUGUAAAAGAUUAAGUUUGACUGAUAUUAUAGUAUUGGAUGAAGCUGAUAGAUUAUUACAAGAGGGACAUUUUGAAGAAUUUGCUAAAAUAUUAGAAUUAUUUGGUAAAUUUAGAGUUAAAACUAAAGAUGUUGAAUGGAAAUGGCAAACUUUAGUUUUCAGUGCUACAUUUUCAAAAGAUUUAUUUAGUAAAUUAAAUAAACAACAAGUAGGUAAAAACAAAAAUAAUAAUAAAAAACCAAUAAUUGAUGGGAAUUCAUUAGUUGGAAAUGAUGAAAUUAUAGAACUAUUAAAUGAAAAAUUAAAAUUUAAAGAUAAAAAACCAAUUUUAAUUGAUGCAAAUCCAAAAGAAAUAGUAAGUGGUCAAAUAACUGAAGCAUUAGUUGAAUGUGGUGCUUUAGAAAGAGACUUAUAUUUAUAUUAUUUUUUAUUGAUGUAUAAAGGUACAACUUUAGUAUUUGCAAAUUCAAUAGAUUCAGUUAAAAGAUUAGUUCCAUUAUUAAAUAAUUUAAAAAUACCAACUUUUGCAAUUCAUUCAUCAAUGAUACAAAAACAAAGAUUAAGAUCAUUAGAAAAAUUUAAAGAAGCAGCAUCUAAAAAUUCUUCAGUUGUUUUAGUUGCAUCUGAUGUUGCUGCAAGAGGUUUAGAUAUUCCAAACAUUGAUCAUGUUGCUCAUUAUCAUUUACCUAGAUCUGCUGAUGUAUAUAUUCAUAGAUCAGGAAGAACAGCAAGAGCAGGGAAAGAAGGUGUUUCAGUUAUGUUUUGUUCACCACAAGAAGCAAGUGGUCCCCUUAGAAAAUUACGUAAAUUAGUUGCAUCAAAUGCUUCUGGAAAUAAAAAAUUAAAUGUUCAUAAUGAUGUGAAAUUAUUACCUAUAGAAAUGGAUUUAAUUGGACAAUUAAAACCAAGAAUUGAAUUAGCUGGAAAAUUAGCUGAUGCUAAUGUAUCUUCUACUGCGACAAGAAAAGAAGAUUCUUGGGUAAAACAAGCAGCUGAAGAUUUAGGGGUUGAAGAUUUACAUGAUUUAGACGAAUUUGAAGAUGAUAUUAUAAAAAAACAACGUAAAAGAAAAGAAGGUAAACUGUUAACAAAAGAUGAACAAAAAAGAAUGAGAUAUGAAUUAAAUUCAAUGAUUUCUAUUCCAAUAAGAAAAAAUAAUCGUAGAUCUUAUUUAACUAGUGGAUUUGAUAAUUUAGCUCAUCAAAUGAUUACUGGGAAUUAUCAUGAAGAUGUUAUUGGUCAUGAAAAAGUUAAUGCAUUAAAAGAUUUACAAAAAAAUGGUAAUUCUAUAAAAUCUAUUGGAGGUGGAUCUACAAAAAUGGAUAAAAUUAUUAAAAUAAAUGAAUUAAAACAAAGUAAGAAAGAUGCUAAGAAAGAAGCUAAACAAAAGAGGCAACAAUUGAAAAAUGGGAGAGGAAGAAAUGAUGAAAAUGAAGAUGAGGACUAG